AUGGAUUUAAACAAGUCCCCACCAGAUUUUGAUUAUGAUUUCCUUGGUGAGUCGGAUGCAAAUCCGCUCUAUUGCACUCAGGCAGAAGAUGGGGGGUGUGUGGAGGCAGUGCAUGAUAUUGAGCAUAUUCCAGAGCAAGAUCCAUCUGUAUUUCCUGUUGGCAACUAUUUGGCUACUGUUGGCAACAAUGUAGAUGAGGCCGCCCAGAAUGUGCAAGUGAAUGAUGAGAACACCCAAGAUUUGCAAGUUGUGGAAGAGAUCUGGUCAACACCUCCAGUGCCAUACAUUGGGCAAACAUUUUCCACUAAACAAGAGGCGAGGGAGUUCUACAACUCUUAUGCAAAACGAAUUGGGUUCUCAGUUCGUACAGGGACUUCACGCCUCUCAAGCCGUGGAAGGAAAAUGAAAGAAGGCAAUUCAGUUGUAGAAUAUGAUGACAGUGAUUCUACGGUGCGAGAAUCUGAACCUGUGAACAACGAUGAAGAUCACAACCACGACCUUGUUGUGAAGCCGUCCUUGAAAAAGUUCAUGAGGUCUCACAAAGGCAUCCCUCAGGCGGAGAAAGAUUUCAUUGAAAUGUUGCAUGGUUGCAAUUUAAGCACUGGGCGCAUAAUGCAGCUAAUGAAUGAGUUCUAUGGGUCUGCGCAGCUAGUGCCAUAUGAAGCAAAGGAUGUUGGCAGCUUUCGCUCCAACAUUCGAAGAACGGAAAAAUUUAAAGAUAUGCAGGAGACAUUGGACUACUUUAGGGAAUUGGAACAUGGAGAUGCAGAAUUUUUCCACAAGAUUAAACUUGAUGCUGAGCACAGGGUUGAGAGCCUCUUUUGGGUUGAUGGUGCAGCAAGGCAUGCUUACAUCGAGUCAUACCAUGAUUGUGCGUCUUUUGACGCAACCUACAUGACAAAUAUGUAUGAUAUGCCAUUUGCUCCUUUCAUUGGGAUCAACAGGCAUGGGCAGUCAUUCAUGUUGGGAUGUGCCUUCCUAAGGGAUGAAAAAACUCCUAGCUACACUUGGUUAUUUGAAACUUUUCUAGAGGCAAUGAAAGGCAAGGCGCCUGUGAGCAUUAUCACUGAUCAAGAUGCAGCUAUGAGGUGUGCAAUUGCUCAUGUAUUCCCUAAUACUAAUCACCGAAACUGCCGGUGGCACAUUAUGGACAAGUUCACUGGUACAAUUGGGCCUGUUUUGGAUGGGGAUGAGGAGCUAGAAGAGGACUUCAAAGAAUGCUUGAACCACACUAUGAAUCCGCAAGAAUUUGAAGAAAAAUGGGAUGCUAUGAUAAACAAACAUGGAUUGACUGACAAUGUCCAUUUUCAGCGCUUGUAUGCACUCAGGAGCAGCUUUGCACCAGCUUACUACAUGCACUGCUUCUACCCCUUUUUGCAGUCCACACAGAGAAGUGAAGGGUUCAAUGCUGUCCUAAAAAAAUAUGUAAACCCAAACAUGUCUGUGCUGAACUUUGUUAAGCAAUACCAAAAGAUUCAAGACAAGUGUUUGGUUGCACAAGAUGGGCAAGAUUUCAAGACUGACGAUAGAGACAGGAGAAGAUGGUCUAGAUAUCCUAUUGAGAAAUACGCAUCUACUGUCUACACUAAAAACCUAUUUUACAGAUUCUCAAAGGAAUUUGAGAAGACCGCUGAGUAUGAUGUGAAGCCUGAAGGGCAAAUCCAAUACUACCUAGUGCCUAACAACAAAUUUGUUUAUGGCUAUGGCAAGCGGGCAUAUCUCGUGACUGCGAUUCAGGACGAGGAAAGCUAUUACUGUGAGUGCAGCAAAUUUGAUAGAGAUGGUCUGAUAUGUUGCCACAUAAUGAAGAUAAUGACUAGGCUGGGUGUGAAAACAAUACCUAAUCAUUUCCUACUGAAAAGAUGGACACAAGAAUCAGUCCCUGAGAAUGAGAAUGGGGGAGUUAAUGCUAAUUCACAUGUGCAAGCUGACUUUAUUGCUCGAGGUAUGCCCCUAAACAACAGAAAGACCAUGUGGUUCGCAAAUCUGUCUACAGCGUUCGCGGGAUUAGCUGUUGAAGGGAGUGUUUCGAGGGAAACUUAUGAUCUUAUGGACAGUCAUAUCAAAAUGAUACGCUCUGCACUAGAUGAAAUCAAAAAGAGGAAAAGGCCAAGCAGACAGAGGGUCCGUGCAAACACGCAGCCUACCGGAGGGACCAUUAUGCCUAGUGUUACAACUAAAAGUGCCGCGGAUAUACCCGCGGUUUCAGCUCCUGUUAUUGGUGUGCAUUCUGCUCCCUGUAGCGGAGGAGUCAUUGCAACUACAAAUGUUUUGCCUACUGUCCAGCCAGGUGUGUGA